AUGAAUAAUCCAUCGGAGAGUGCUAAGGAGGCGGUUCUACGGAGGUUCCUCUUGGGCGAGAGUCUAAUCGGGUGGCGGUUUAAGCCCACCGACGAAGAGCUACUUUCGUAUCUCGCCAUGAAAUCAGCUUCGGGAUCCUUGCCUUUUGAGGUUAUUCCCGAGAUUCCGGCAGCUUCUUUCUUCGACGAUCAUCCUAUGAAUUUAGUGAAAAACCAAACGAAGGAUAACAAAGGUAGCGCAUCGGAUAAAGAAUGGCACUUCUUCAUCGACGGAGACGAGUACUUUGAGGGAGAGAUCGUAAAAGAUCGAAAGGUGGGACAAGGCAUCGGUUCUUGGAGAUCAGUCGGCAAAGAAGACGCGGUCAUCGGUCAAGAUGGCAAGGUUAUAGGUUACAAGUAUUUGUCGACCUACUUUACGACUGCCGAGAAUUCUUCGAGGCCCAAACAAACCCUAUGGGAAAUGCGGAAGUACCGGUUAAGCGCCGAACAGGUUAACAACCUGUCUGCACCCGUUAAGCGCUGCGUGGCCGCAAGAAUCUCGAGACGUGAUACGAAGGCCAGCUGUAUCGAUUGA